AUGUCGGACGCCAAGAAGGUCUCCUUCGCCGAACGACUCGAAGCGUCCGGGCUCAGCGGAAACGAGGAUGAACACCGGCGCUUUUUGAAGAGAAUAGCCGAAGGAGACGGGCCGCCCGCGAACAAGGAAACAGGAGAUGAGCCUGCGGUGAAGGUGCCGAAACUCGACGAUCAAGAUGAAGAAGUCGACAAGAAGAAGCACACACUUGACAGCGAUGAAGAAGAGGACGAAGACCACAAGCGAAUGGAUUUACGCAAGGUCGACGGGCAAGAAGAUGGGACGAUGGACUUCGAGGGCGACAUCAAGAUCACGCCAUUCAACAUGAAAGAAGACGAGGAAGAGGGGCACUUCGACGAAUCGGGCAACUUCAUUUUCGACAAGAAAGAGGAGGCAAAUGAUCCAACUUUUCUGAAAAAUAACGACGAUGAUCUGGACGAUGUCCUCGCGCCAACACUUGACGAUGGUCGCCGGAAGGAGAUCUUCAAAAGACUUAUGGAGUUGCUAAAGCCGAAUCAGACCAUCACCAAGGCGCUCUCGGAAAUUCGGAAGACGAAGAAAUUGACGCCCGCCGAGGAGCGAAAACUGCGCUGGGCGGCGAAGAAAGCCGGCAAGGCAAUGGAGGAGAAUCCCGACCAGGGCAUCAUGUCUGAACUGAGCGCGCUGGCCGACGAGCUGAUAUCUGCCGGACAUAUGGACGCCUACGAAUGGAACCGCGAGAAGGUCGAGUUCAACUUCAAGAAGCUGGAGACUGUCGCCGUGGACGAUUUGGAUAUGUUCGCCGACGAGCCAGCUCCCUCCUCCUCCGCGACGAAUGAUCAAGCAGCCGCGCUGGACGACGAAAUUUUAUGGGAAUACAAGGAUUCGGCAGACGGGAAGAUCGAGGGCCCCUUCUCGUCGCAAGUGAUGGCUGAUCGACAAGCAGAAGGAAAGCUCGAAGCGAAGGGGCUCGCCCGAAAAGUCGGGGCUUCCGACUUCAACCCCAUUGCCCGUAUCGAUUUUGAUCUCUAUUGU